AUGGACGACACCGCCCCUGAAGAGGAGGUCGGGCUGCUGCAGCUUACUCCCGAGGUGCUGCCGGCCCUUUCGCGGGCAGUAGAGCGCUCGACGGCGAACUUUCCCCUCAAAACACUGGCCGAGCAUGUUUUGUACGGCGACGCAGUAGACAGGCAGCAGUUAGACAUCGUUCGCCUACAGCGACAGCUCGAAGCUGCCGUAGCUGGCGAUUCUUCGGGGACGCCUGCUCAAGGGGAACGCUUGGUAGUCCCUUUUCUUAGGAGGCUGCAUUGGGCCAGGCUACUUGGACUGCUAAGUGGAGAUACACUGGAGGAGUGGGCUGAGCAGGUGAAAGAGCAGCGGCAGCAGUACGAGUCUCUUCGGCGCCAGCAGCAGCUUUCAGCUAGCCAGCUAGCCGCACUAGACCCGCAGAGGUUCCACCCCCUUGCUGCUACGGCUGGAAAUCCCUGGAGCCAGAAACAGGCUGAUGAGGAGCUGCAGGAGGAGAUCUGGCGCGACAUAGAACGUACAUACCCUGAGAGGCAAAUCUUCAACCGGGAGGUGACACGACGGUCAUUGCAAAGGGUCCUCUUUGCCUGGGCUAAGAGCAACACCGACGUGUCUUACAAACAAGGCAUGAAUGAGGUGCUGGCUGUGCUGUAUCUUGCAUGCGCUCGCGAAGCCGUCCCUUCGUCACCAUUAGGGGAUACUGACUCGCCGUUUUCUGUCAUAUUUUCAGCAGAUCCAGCACAUAUAGAAGCGGAUGCAUUUCGCCUGUUUGAUGGCUUGAUGACUGGCUGCUGCUUGCGCUCCAUGUAUCUGCCUCCCCAGAAGGAGCCGGCACCUGCUGAGGUCAAGGACAGCCUCCUCGGGGCUCUUGGGGGAGGCCCCCCGAUGCCUUCGAGGACCACAGGGCAGUCUGCAGUGUUGCUUAGGUGCAGCAGGGUGUUCAAUUCAUUGUUAGCUAAGGCCGAUCCUGCAGUGUACUUACACCUAGAAGGGCUUGGAGUGGAGCCUCAGCUCUUCUUGCUGCGGUGGCUGCGUCUUCUAUUUUCUCGGGAAUUUCAUAUUGAAGACACUUUACUUAUAUGGGAUGCCCUUUUGUCAGAUAGUUGGCUCUCCACCAAGCAGCAAGCGACACCAGCAAGCUCGCCAGCUGCAGCGCCACCUGCAGCUGCAGCAAAAUCCACAGUAUCAGCGCGUACCCCACAGGAGUUUGCUGCUGCAGCUUCUGAGCGACUGCCUCUGGUUGAUUACUUCGCUGUUGCGAUGUUGAAGUUUAUUCGCCAGCAUUUGUUGGAAAGUGACCUCAGCAGCUGUUUGCGCCGUCUGUUGAAAUUCCCCCCCAUAGAGUCAGUGCAGUGCAUAGUCGCUUUGUCUCUGGCUGUGCGGAGAGGAGGCACUCCAACAUCUGCUGUUGCCUCUGGUGACCCCCGCAGUAGCAGCAGCAGCAACAGCAGCAGAAAAAGCAGGGGCAACAAUACCAGUCCGGUCCAGACGGGGGCAAUGAGGAGCUCUAAAGGCGCUCCGCGGUUCAUCCAGCAGCCGCCGCCUCUUACCCCUACCGUCAUCAACACCCCGCAGCUGCAGUCUCACGUACAGCCAGAGCAGCUGCAACGCGAGCCCCUCAAGAGGAAAGACGCACCGCUGGAGAGCACUUUUGCGAGAACUCGUGAAUCUGUGGCUGCAGCUGACCACUCGGAGGAUCCGUCCGCAGCGGGCUUGCUGGGCAGUCACAUCGAUGCAAUGCGCCAAGCCCUUGCCUUUGUGGCUGAGGAGUGCAAUGACCUUCCCGCUUCGGUUUCAGACCUGCUGAUGUACAUCGAUACUGAUUUGCGGGCUCUAAAAUCUAUCCUUGAGGGGGCGCCGUACUCAGCGUCAGUCUUUAAAUUGACUCCAGGGGUCGCACCGUGUGUGACUGCUGCGGUGGGCACGAGCGCGGGAGCAGAGAUACAGCGUGGGAUCGCGACUAACGAUAGCAAAAAGCAUCCCGCUCUCCCAAGCGUGUGA